GUACUUGCGCCAGGUGGCACGCGUUUUUCGGUGUUCCGUGUGAUGUUGACCGGCUGCAGAAGAAGAAGAAGAAACAGUCGCUGCCAGUCCUCCGAAACUUUCAUGAUAGUUGCCCGAACUGUUAACAAAUUGCCAAAUAAAAUGAACAACAACAUGCAGAUAGUUGUGAAAGUGUGCGAAAAAAAAUGAAAUCAAUUCAGUUCAAUCCAGCAGUAGACCAGAGUGAAGAUUAAAGGAUGUUUAGAAAAAAUUAAAUUAGAGAAAAACAAACCAAUGCCAAAGGUAAACACAGUAAACGGUGAUCGGUGGCUGGUUUUCUGUGCGGAUCUUCUGCCGUUGUUGAUAAUGUUUUGUACCAACAACGAGAGCCGGUUUAAUUUCGACGAUUCCAAUUGAUUAACUGGUUGAGAGGACGAACGAUGGAAGGAAGCGGAUGAAGAUUUCAAUAAAAGUGACCGAUUUGUUGGAAUAAUAAACUAAAUAAAAAACAAACUCGUUGAGGCGGAGAAAAGAUCAGACAUCGAGCGAAAAUGGAACUACAAGCGGUUGUUCGAGCUGUAAUAAAAAAGGUUAACCUUACAGCCGGUCGGCGGUGGGCAGGACUGGAGGGAAAACAAGCUCCAAUUUGAACUGGUUUUUUUUUCGCGGACCGCUACCAUGUCGAAGCCAAAACAAACUGUAGCUCAUUUGAAUGGAUGAUGGCUAGUGGUGGUUAGUGAAAGAAGAAGUGUUAAAAUAGUAGUUUGGUUUGGACUCCAUCUUUUUCCUGCCUCUGUGUACCCCGGGCGAAGAGAUAGAUUGCUGCUGAAAAAAGCUGGACAUCAUCUUCAACACAUCAUCACCACACACUUAAAUUGAGCAACUAUUACUGAACGAAGGCUUCAUCGCGAUGUGAUCUUCCGUGGAUCCGCCGCAAGGAUGAUGCAGUCACGUAUGAAAGCGUCACAUCGUCAACAGCAACCGGCUCCAGCGCAACAUCCACUACCGCCGCCACCAACGCCUGCUACGACGGGUCCUGGACCUGGAGGAGGAGGAGCAGGAGAAACUAUAGGUGGAAAAGAUGGUGCAUCGGGAGUGGGUGGCGAUGGUGGCCGAAAGGGGAUUCCGAUUUUUCGAAGCAAUCGGACCAGCAAUAUUAGUCGAAGGAGCUUAAGUAUGAUAGGUGCUAAGGUUGACACGGGCAGGAAGGUACAUCAACAGGAACAUGGGCAUCCGGAAGGGGGCAUGGAAUUGGACUGCAUCGAUGAAGAUAUGUUUGCGAAAAUACCGAAAAUGGAGUUAUUAAAGGUAAAUUACGUCAAUUUGAAGAACGAUGGUGUUGCUGGUAGUGAGAAGAAGAAAGGAGGAGCCGAAGAUAAAAAGGAGAAGGAUGGAACGGUGGCGGCAGCCGCACCCACAAAAGGAAAUGUGGCAAAUGCAAUAAAAAAGCAACUGACCACCAGCAGUGUCAAUGUGAGUAACAGCACUGGUAACGGUUCGGUUGCUAACGGGAACGAUGUCAAAUCGAAAUAUUUAGUUUACAAAAAACAUAACGGGUUCGGAUCUAACAACUCAAUAGCGGAGAUCGGGGCAAAGUUGCAAUAUAUCAAUGACACGGAUGUAAAAAUGAAAAAUGGCAAGAAAAAAUAUGCUCUCUUUGACACAAAGAAAAAGAACAAACUUGACACGGUGCAGUAUUAUUUUGACAGUCGCAGUUACGAGCGUUACGUUGACAACAAACUGUACGGAGUGGUUAGCAAAGAUGGACAACAAUCGCAAACAGGUUCCGGUCUUGGUGCUGGUCUUGGUCCACCAAAACCUGAACCUAAACCAAACAAAGUGGAUCCUCACAAGCGUCUCAGCUGGGAUCUCCGUAACAAUCGACCCAGUAUGCUGCGCGUGAUCAAUCAAUCAGCCCUGGUGAAAAAACCAACCUCGGAAAGUAACCCACAACUGCAACAGCAGCAGCAGACAAAAGGAACCACCUUCAAACAACAACCGAACACGGACGGCAGCAACAAUCGCAUUUUCAAACUACAAAAGAGCCAUACCAGUACCAAUCUGAUUACACGCCAUAGAUCAAUGAACGAUAUCCAUCGGAUAAAUCAAUUAUUUCUCGAAUCAAAAGCGUCAGCUGACAACGUCAACCAGUCGCCACCAUCGCUUCCGCCGCUCCUGUCCCGCCAGCACAGUAGUAGCGUAAUAGCACUCAACCGGAAAAUUGUCAGUAAAAACCCCGCUCCGCCGGUGACCGCUAAUGGAAUCGUUCGCGAGAAUGUUCACCGAUUCGAGAAAAACAAAGCAAAAAAUGAAGAAAUGUCAGCCAAGCAACAAAAAUACCUCGUCCACAAACGGCUUAGCGCUCGUUACAAAGCGGAAGAAAGUGCUCUUACGGUCGCAGCGACAGCUGCGGUGUCAACUCCUACCCUGCCCACACCAACCAGCUCGAUCGCCGCCAUUGGACCGAACGAUACCAUCAGCAAGCGAAUCCGACGAAUCAUUGACGGGCACAAUGGCACAAUUGCAGCGGAAACUGUCGGUUAUGAAUCUUUGAAACCGGAAGCAGCUGGCAGCACUGUAAACCGGGCUCGGUCCAAAUCGCUCGAAAGAACCCUUAGCGAUGACGAUAUGAGUACACUCAGUGUCAAAAGCAACAAGACAACCUGUGGCUACAAAAACUGCAAAUUCUCAAACUGUCCCAUGUCUUCGUCCUCGUCAUCUUCCGGCUCAUCGACGGUAUCGAGUUCCUCCUGCGCUUCCAAGAAGUCGGCGGCAAUCGAAAGUCACAGAAAUAGUUUCAAAGGUAAAGAAUCCGAGAUUAUCAGUGGGAAGCGAACCUCAAUCGUCAUCAAUGAUGACGAUAGCGAUAUUAUACUGAACAACGCUCUCAACGAUAAGCUGAAUAAUAGCUGCGAAAAUGUCCGGAUCAUAUCAUCCAAGAUUAAGGAGAUCGAUUUGGAAUCGAAUCGGAUGAUCAUUGAAAAAUGCAUUGAACCGAUUUCGAACAUCACGGAGACGGUUCUCGCCCGGCAAAAGUUUUGGAACCAACAAAACCAACGCAACAUAAAGCUGAACAACAAUCCCCAGAACAAGUCCUACGACGACAAGGUAGCGAUCAACAACAAAAUCAAGAACGAGGAAAACAAUAGCAUCAAGAUUUUCAUCACCGGUCAAGGAUCGGGACGCCAGACGGUAAGCAUUAGUGAGCCGGUGUCGUUGAUUUCUACCUCGACUAGCGGGAGUAGCUCGGCGGCUUCAACCAUCAGUUCCAAUGGAGGUGACUCGGACAAGGACGAUGGUUACUACGAUCAAAGUGAACGAUCGUUGAGUCCGGCGGACAAACAGCCGCUUUCGAUUGUUUCCACCGUCAGCACCGGUAGCACGGUGUGCAGUGACGGGACCAAUAUGUCCAGUGUAACGUGUAGUAACGGGAUCACCGCCGGGAACCGUUACACUUCUAAAACAAGUAUUAGACUCGGAUGUGAUGGGGCUUUGUUUUGGAAUAACAGUUAUUUCGACGAAAUGGAUAAUAGUCAACCGGUUGGACCUGUUGAGAGUGAUGGCGGGUGCGCUGCUGGGAGUUGUUGCUGUUGUUGCCGUCGUAGGAAAAGUAUCGCACUGGGUAAUAACAGUUGCAUCAUUAGCUCGAUAGAUGUUGGUGGAUCGUGUUACGGUUCAUCUGUCGGUAAGGGAUGCGCUAGUCAUGGUAACGGUAGCGUAGUAGGCGUUGGUGGCGGCUGCAAUACUUCAGCCGGCGGUGUAGUACUACGAAAAGCACCGCCCUGCCAAUGUGGAAUGGCAAACCAUAACAGUAAGUUGGAAAGCUUCUCAUCCAGACCCCGCUCGAUCGAAGGCCCACCGGAUUCCGGAAUCUCCAUCAGCAGCGAUACCAUCAUUGCGAGCUCGGAUAGCGAUCUGAACCUGCAAAGUCAAACGGAUUCAGAUGAACGGAAACUAAAACGAGGACAUGUACUGGCGGAGCUACUCGAGACUGAACGGAUUUAUGUCGCUGAAAUGGGGUCGAUUCUUAAGGGCUACCGAGACGAGAUGCUGUCGGAGGAGAUGAGCUCACUGGUUCCGCCGGGAUUGCAGGGCAAAGCGGAUAUACUGUUUGGCAACCUGCACGAGCUAUACACUUUCCACAAUGACAUCUUCCUGAAGGAUCUCGAAAAUUGCAUUUCCACCACGGAACUAGUUGCGCUUUGCUUCGUACAACGGAGGGACACGUUCUUCCGGUUGUACUCAUACUACUGCCAGAACAUACCGCGCUCGGAACGACUUCGGGAGACCCUCGUGGAUACGCAUCUGUUCCUGCAGGAGUGCCAGAAAAAGCUCGGCCACAAGCUUCCACUCGCUGCUUACCUGCUCAAACCAGUACAAAGGAUCACCAAGUAUCAACUGCUCUUGAAGGAUCUGUUGAAAUUCAGUGACACCGGAACUUGUUCGCGAGAGCUGCAGAAGGCGCUGGACUGUAUGCUGGUGGUGCUCAAGUGCGUCAACGAUUCGAUGCAUCAGAUUGCAAUAACUGGUUUUCCCGCUGACCUUUCCCAGCAGGGGGAACUGUUGAUGCAGGACUCGUUCCAGGUGUGGACCGAAAGCAAAAAAGAUCUCCGGUUGCGUCUGAAGACCCAGCAUCGGCACAUAUUCCUGUACCAGAAGGCGAUGCUGUUCUGCAAACAGGGAUCGAAAACAGGCCACAACAAAAGUACCUACCAGUUCAAACACUGGCUGCAGAUGUCCCAGAUCGGUUUGACCGAGUCGGUGCGGGGAGAUUCGCGAAGGUUCGAAGUGUGGCUGCAAGGUCGUCAAGAGGUCCACACGAUACAGGCCGGUACGGUAGAGAUUAAAAACAAAUGGGUAUCGGAAAUCAAACGGGUACUACUCAACCAGCUCGAGGAGCUGAAGGGUGAAAAGAUCAAACAGUAUGGACUGAAUCACAAACCGUUGCGGCACACGGCUUCCUGGGACAUGCCUCCGUCUCUGCAUGGUACCCCGAAUCGAACCUUUAGCUGUGACCAGCAACCGACGGUACCGCUGACCGCGAGUAACAUCCAGCAUCCGGUCGGGCAGGAUAUGAUCACUCGGAUCUCACACCUCAACGAGGACAACAUUAUGAGUGCGACCGGAAUCUCGUCGUCUUCGUCGGAGCAUGACAAUCAGGAAACGAACGCGUGGAGCUCCGAUUACUCUAACAGCGAGGAUGAGUUUACGCACGGAGAUGAUGGAGUGCUGCCGGGUCACAAGUUUGUCUCACUGGCAGACUACUGUGCAAUGGGGAAUUCGGAGGUUUCGAUGAAGGAAGGAGACAUUGUAGAGUUGCUCAAAAUCGGAUGUGCCGGAUGGUGGUUCGUGAAAGUAGCUGGUAACAGUCUCGAGGGUUGGGCCCCAGCAGCGUACCUGGAACCGAUAAAUCGGAAGUCGUCGCGACUUCGUAGUGCUCGCAGUCAGGAUAAACUGAACGAACAUUAAGUAGGACAGAGCAGUCAAUACAGUUUAAGCGAGAAUGGGAAAAUGCAAUGUAUGUGUAUUUGUCUAGAAAAUUCACUUUCAUCUUACAGUAGAUACAUGGAAAUGGUACAAUAUUAAAACUACGCUGAUCGUUCGUCUAUCAUUUUGGUCCCAUAUCAUAAACAGAUACACACAUAAACAGACACCAAACAAAAGACUCUCUGUUAAUCUAGCCAAAAUAUACACAAGUUAAGAGUAGAAACCGUUGCAGUGUUAGAAUUAAUUGUAAAAAUACAAUUUAGUGGAAAUUGGAAAUGCAAGCGUAUGGCUUCGAAUCGACCAUAAAAAUUAAAAA